GGGAGCCGGGGAGCCGGGGCCGGCCGAGCCGCAGGAGCCAGCGGAGCCCGAGCCCAGCAGAACCGGAGCCCGAGCCCGAGCCGGAGCCGGGAGCUGGAGCCGGGAGCUGGAGCCGGAGCCGAUCGCGGGCACCCAUGGAGCAGCCGCGGGGGAGCGGCGGGGGCCCCCGGAGGCCCGGCCAUCCGGCCCCUCCCCGGGCCGCCCCGGAGCCCGGCGGCCUGGCCAAGGAGCUGGCAGCCCCCCGGCCCCCGGGACAGAGACCCGGCCCAGCGCCCACGAGACUGAGCCCGAACCCAGCGGCCAAGGAGCAGAGGUCGGCUUUGUCUUCGUCCCCGGAGCAGAGGGCAGCCCCCAUCCCCGGCUCAGCUGCAGCCCUGGCAGGGCCCCGGCCCGCCGUGCCGCCCCUGGGACCCGGCCUGACGUCACCGGCCGCGGAGCAGGGCCAGCCGCCCGCCUCCACGGGGCCCAAGCCUCCCCGGGGGGCCCCGGGACCCGGCCUGGCUCCGUGGCCGGCGGCGCCCGCGCCCCACGCCCCCUCCUCUCCAGGGAGCAGGCCCUUCCCAGCACCCCCCGUGGAGCAGCGCCAGCCUUUGUCGUCCUCCUCCUCCUCGGGGCAGAGGCCGGGCCCUCGGCCCUCGGGGUUAAGUCCGGGACCCCCGGCGGCAGAGCAGAAGCCGUCCUCCCCGUCCCCCCCGGGGCAGAGGCCGGCUCCGGCCUCCACCAGCCAUAACCCUGCCCUGUCCUGCCCCUUGCUGUGCCCGGCCUCGUCGCCCCUCGAGCAGAGACCUCUGUCGCCCUCCGGAGAGCCAUCGUGGGCGUCCCAAGAGCCGGCCUCGGGCCCGUUUUCCAGGGACUGGGUGCGCACCGAGCCCAGGCCGGCGCCCUCUUCCCAGAGACAUCCCGGAGCCCCGUCCCAGGGCAGGGGCAGAGCGGGCGCCUCCUUGCCGGCCGGGGCCGCCCACCCUCCGGGCCAGACUUCGCCCGGGCCCUCGCUGUCCCUCUCCUUCCGGCCUCGGCCCGAAGCCCCCCGCAACCCCAGCCCAGACGACUCCCUCUUGCCCUGGCCGCCCCAGGCCCCGCCACUGGACGCGAGCCAGGGCCAGCCGGAGGCAGGAGCCCGCUCUCCAGUGCUGCUGUCUCCGGGGUCCCUGAAGCCGGCGUUCUCCUCCUCUACGGGAGGUCCCGUGGCCCUCCCCAAACCACCCCCCUCCCCGAACCGCUCCCCGAACCGCUCCCCGAGCACUAGCCAUAUCGGCGUGGCCGCGCACCUGGGGCCCCCGGCCCCCAAGCCCCCCGAAACGUCCCCCUCUAAGCCUAGUCCGACCGGCACCAGCCCGAGUGGGCACAGGAGCCCGGCCCCCCCCAUGCAGAGCCUCCAGGCCCCUCUCCCUUCUUCCCUCUCGGGAUCUGCUUGGUCAGCACAGUCUACCUGCAAAGGAGACCCUGGCUUCCGGAUCACCAUAGUGACGUGGAACGUGGGGACCGCCAUGCCCCCUGACGAUGUCACCUCCCUCCUGCAUCAGAACGGGGAUGACAGCGGAGAUUCAGACAUGAUAGCCAUCGGGCUGCAGGAGGUGAACUCCAUGAUCAAUCAGCGGCUCAAGGACGCGCUCUUCACUGACCAGUGGAGUGAGCUCUUCAUGGAUGCAUUGGGGCCCUUCAACUUCGUCAUGGUGAGCACCGUGAGGAUGCAGGGAGUGAUUCUUCUGGUCUUCGCCAAGUAUUAUCACCUGCCCUUCCUCCGGGACAUCCAGACGGACUGCACCCGGACCGGGCUGGGCGGCUACUGGGGCAACAAGGGCGGGGUGAGCAUCCGCCUCUCGGUCUUCGGCCACAUGGUCUGUUUCCUCAACUGUCACCUGCCUGCCCACAUGGACAAGGCCGAACAGCGCAAGGAAAACUUCAUGACCAUCCUCAACAUGCAGCAGUUCGAGGGGCCCAUGGCCCACGGCAUCCUGGACCAUGACAUCGUCUUCUGGUUUGGGGACCUCAACUUCCGCAUCGAGAGCUACGACCUGCACUUUGUCAAGUUUGCCAUCGAUAACAACCAACUUCAGAAGCUCUGGGAGAAGGACCAGCUGAACAUGGCCAAAGGCUCCUGGCCAGUCCUCAGGGGCUUCCAGGAGGGGCCCCUCACCUUCGCCCCCACCUUCAAGUUUGAUGUGGGCACCAACUAUUAUGACACUAGUGCCAAGAAGCGAAAGCCCGCUUGGACAGACCGGAUCCUCUGGAAGAUCAAGGCCCCCAGCGGGGGGCGGAGCCCCUCUGGCCGAGAGAGCCACCGGGUGCAGGUGACCCAGCACAGCUACCGCAGCCACAUGGAAUACACCGUCAGCGAUCACAAGCCCGUGGCUGCCCUCUUUGUCCUGCAGUUUGCCUACAGAGACGACGUGCCCCUGGUGAAGAUCGAGGUGGCGGAUGAGUGGCUGAGGCCCGACCAGGCCGUGGUGCGCUACCGCAUGGAGAGCGUCUUCCCCCGGAGCUCCUGGGACUGGAUUGGCCUCUAUCGGGUGGGCUUCCGGCACUGUAAGGAUUACGUGGCAUAUGUGUGGGCCAAGCAUGAGGACGUGGAUGGCAGCAUGUACCAGGUAACAUUCGGCGAGGAGUCGCUCCCCAGGGGAGGGGGCGAGUUCAUCCUUGGCUACUACAGCCACAGCCAGAACAUCCUUAUUGGGGUCACUGACCCCUUCCAGAUCUCCCUGCCUGCCUCCGAUGAGGGCAGUAGCCCCACGGACAGCUCCAGGGCCAGCUCCGAGGGGGAGGACGACAGCACCCUGGAGCUGCUGGGCCCCAAGUCCCGGAGCCCCAGCCCGGGCAAGAUGAAGAGACACAGGAGCCGCAGCCCCGGCCUGGGCAAGUUCUCCGGCCUGGUCCUGCGGCCUUCAUCCCGGGAGAGGGGCACGAGCCGCAGCCCCUCCCCCCAGGGCCACCGGCCCCUCAAAUCCACCAGCUCUGUGCUGGGCGUGGGCACCAAACUCAAGGAGAAGAAGGGGAAAGGAGGCCUGGGCUCCGAGGAAGAGGAGCCGCCCCUGCCCGAGAUGCCCGGGCCCUGGAACUUCCCGCUGCCCAGCUCCCUGCCCCGGCCUGUGCCCCGCACCCUGGGCCUCCUGCCCUCCCUGCGGCUGGAACCCAUGGUCAGUAGCCAGUGGCGAGGGGAGUUCGAGCACGAGGACCAGCUCAGCCCAAAGAGCCCCGGCCGUGGCCCCCGGAGCCCUUCGCCCACCCCCAAGAGCCACCGGGGGCUGGAAGAUGGGCCUCUGGGGCCCUGAGUGGGAGCCGCCGCCCGUAGAGCCCGCCGCGUCCGCCCGCCCUCUCCGUGCCGCCUCCGUCUCCACCCAGCAUCCCUCCUGCGGGACCCGCCGGCCGCCCGACCCUGGGGCAGGGUCUGGAGGGCCCUGCAGGGGGGUGGGGCUGGCCGGGGUCUCCACCUCCGUGUGAGGCCCCUGCCUCCUCUCCAUCCUGACCCUGACCUGUGACAAUCGCCGCCCCCUUGCUUUCCCCAAGCCCAGAGCUGGGUGCAGGGGGCUGGGGGCUGCGUGGACCCCCAGCUGCUAGCCAUCAUCCUGAGGGUUGUUCAUGAGGAAUAAAAUUCUCAGAUCUC